UGCACGUACAGCUGAUUUGCAACCCGCCGAAGCUACAGCAGAGAAGGAGGAAAAAUGUCGCUGGCUUCGACGCGGACCGUUCUAGGAUCAGUGUCCUUUUAGGAAAAAUCAGACGGCAAUUCGAAUGAACCCUCUGCUGUGGUGCUGCUGUGAAAGAUUCAUGAAACUGUAAAGAAAUUGAAAUGGUCUAAUAGUUUUAGUGUGGGAGGUUUUACCUUGACUAUAGAGAGAGUCAGCUUACGCUCCCCUUUUGUCCACUAUAAACAUAACCAUUUAGGAACAGAGGAGUAUAGUGUAACGCUACAUGGGCCUCUAAGGUAACGUGAUCUGAUAAUUGAAGCCUCUGGAGCCUCCUCCCUCAGACAGAAAGGUAACAAUUCAGUAAAGACAUGGACCCAUCUACUAGGGUGGUGGGUCUGGAUGCCCAGGGGAACAUGGUUUUCACAGUGGUGAAACCAGUAAUGGGCAUCUUUCAGGUGUCUUCAGAGCAAACAGGUAGUGUUGCACAAGGGGGCAUGGGGCUACAGGGUCUAUCUGAAAACGCAUUGAUCCUUCCUCAAGUGCAAGGCCAAGCUCUGGACCAGAACCAGAUGGAAAUGCACACCAUACAGCCUCAUAUUCAGAUGCCCCAGAUGCAGGUUUCUGCCCCAGUCCAGACUGAGGUUGUGUCCCAGAAUCAGGACCCACCACCAAACUCGAGCACAAAUUCUGAGUCUGCUACCCACAUGCCUUUUGCAGAGGUGUCGUCACUCCUGGAUCCCAACAUGAAAGGAUCUAAGGCUCGAAAGUAUCUCAUCUCGUAUGAUGAAAUCAAGCGGCGCCUGCAGGCCCCGGAGAAGAUGUCCCUGCGCUCCCUGGCAGCCUACACUCGGGUCAGCAGAGGCCCGGCCAGCAAGAAGACACUUCUGGAGUCACUCAAUGUACUCAGCCUCACGCCAAGCACAACUACCUCUGUGUCCUCCUCGUUCUCCAAACUCACUGAAGGCGACACCAGAGCUUUGUGUGACGAUAUGAAGGACUUCUCCCAUGACUACAUCGACUACAGCAACAUGGCUAAACAGCUCAUCCCCGAGACGAACACAGUUCAACACUGGUCCAAAAUCAUUGAAACUAAGAACCACCUGGAGGAUAUGAGAAAAUGUUUCAAGGACCCGGUCAACAGCGGUGCGUUUGACAACGUCACUCACGGUCUGGGUCUGGGAAUGUUGGACGUUGCACUGGACAUGAUCGUUAUGGUAAUUGAGCAGCAGAUUCGCAUCCUGUCUGGCACGGCGGCAUCAGACGCGGCUGACUCCGGUCCGCCAAUGAGGCGCAUCCGCAGGCGCCUCCGCAAAACCCGCCCGACUGACAAUGAGAACCCUCACAAGGUGUCAGGAGGGGUCAAAGAGCAAGGGAAGGCCAUUUCAAAAGGCAAGGGGCGAGGCCGAGCCAGGAAGAAGAUAAGGCAGGACGCUGGAGCAGCUGUUCCAAUGGAACCCCAAGCGGAGCAGUGCAAGCCAGAUGAUGUGGAGAAUAAUGUCCUUACCCUGGUUUCUGUUGGAUAUGAGACUGUUUCCAGUGGUCUCAGUGCAGCAGGAACUGUUUGACAGCUGCGCACAAGAACCAUUCAUAGUCCCUUUCAAAGGCAUACUCAGCGAUGGAACACAAGCUCUGCACAAGUUUAGCUCCUGUGAAGGAGAUCACAGCGGCUCACAGUGAGCUCAGCAUCAACGGAUAAUGUCCCAUCUUUAAGUCAAACUCCAAGGAAUAGUUGGACGUUUUGGGAAAUACCCGUAUUAGCAUUCUUGACGAGAUUGAUACUGGGGCUGAACAAUUAAUCUGAAUUUUUAAUCAAAAUAGCAAUAUGGACUAGUACAAUUUCAAAAUCGCGGCACAAUAUUUGUUUACAAAUCAUAUUCCACAGACAGUUUGGUAAAGAUCCUCGCAAAAAAAAAAUUUUCAAUACAUUUUUCAAUUAAAGUGAGAAACAAUAUCAUUCCCUCCAAUAUCGUAAAUCAAAUCACAAUAUCAAAGUCGGUCGUCAAAGUCGGUCGUCUCUAAUUGAUACCACUCCAUACUAUAAAUAUGUAGCUGGAGUUUGAGUUUUGUACAGAUUUAACUAAAAAGAUAUAAUGCGUUAAUUGGUGAGUUAGACGUUCUGGUAGGCCAAUUUUGUUGCCUUCAGACAGAGCCAGGCUAACUUUUUUCCCCCUGUUUCCAGUCUAUAUGCUAAGCUAAGCUAACCGACUGCUGCCACAUAUUGGUAUAUGGUAUCGAUCUUCACGUCUAACUCUUUGCAAAGCUAUAAAGCACAUUUUCCAAAAUGCCAAACUAUUCCUUUGAGUGAAUAAUCUUGUUUCUUUAGUAGCAAGUCUGUAGACGUAUGUGUGUAGUCUAAUCCAAUUAUAUACUAUUUUUUUAUGCUAUUGUUUUUUUUAGUGAACAGACAAAAGUCCCCAUGUAUGUAAACAUGUUGAACACUGUCCAUGCACAGAUGAACACCCAAUAAUGUAGAACAGAUCAUAUCAGAGGUCUGGAUUAUAUUUUUUGCUGGUGGUACAGUGUCUCUCAUUUCCCUGUUGUAUUUAUUGUUUAGUUUUCCAAUCCAACAUCUAUCGUUCUGUACUAGAUUGUUACUGGAACCUCAAGAGUUGAGUAAAAGAUUUCAUUUUUAUAACUACUUUGAUUCUGUUAUGGUCUUGUGAUAGAUGUCCUAUAAUGGAGCAAGCUGUGCCUAAAUGUGUAGAUCAUUGAGUUAAAAGAGAGAAUUGCUUCAUAUAUUUAAUUUGGGCUUUAAGUGACUCUAACAUUGUCGAGAAUGAUCAUUUAGAACAGUGAAAUUAUAUGGAGACAUCGGGUUGAAGCAUUGCCGUCCAACUCUGUUCAACAUUUUGCAUUUCGGGGGAAAACAGCCAUCUAAUAAUACACUUGUGAACAAAAACAGA